AUGGCUGAGGGUAUCAGUACCAGAAAGCGGAACUUCUCCGACAAAGAGACUGAGCUUCUGCUCCGGGAGGUCCAGGCUCGCUUUAACCGGAUCUACGGUUACGCGGACAGACCUCCACGGCCAGAUGAGGCGCGAGCAGCCUGGGAGGAGAUCAGCGUGAGAGUGAACCAGAUUUCUUCUGACGUCCGGAGAACGGCUUCACAGUGUAAAAAGCGAUUUAAUGAUUUGAGAAGAAGGGCGAGACUCAGACUUGCCAAGGACCUUCCCCAGCACACGGCCACAACCGGAAGCGGUCCCUCGACAAAUAUAGCGCCGUGCGCUCCGGGGGACGUGGUUUCACCCACACAAAUAAGCAGAGGCAGGCUUGGACCCAUAGGUAAGACAAACAUUACUCUGCACAAAUAAAGAGAUUCUCACCCAUCAAGUUUGUUUAAACAUAAAUGUUAGAGAUUGGGAUUGUGUGUACAGAUAACAUAAACAAACGACAUGCCUGCUGGGAUUGAAAUCAGAGCCAUCUGUGCGUAAAGGACGCACCACGCUCCAUUAUUAUAUUGGCAUAACUCCUGACUCCCGUGUAUGGAAGCGAAUUUGUGUCAUAAUUCAAAUUACCAUAGAUUAACAGAAAUGCAUUUGCAUUUUCAGACUGUACCUACAUUUCAUGACUUACAUAUAAAUAUAAUAUAUAUAAUAAUAAUAAUCCAAACUGCAAUUGCUUUUUCUUUUUCAAAACUGAUCCAGAGGCUGCUCUCGAGGUAUGUGGCCACCAGUUUUGUACCCUUCCCUGGUGCUCUCUGUGGCCCAAAAAGGUCUCACCAUGCUGGGCAGGAGCUCUAGCAAAUGCCUCAGCAGGAGCUCUGGAGCCUACUUCUAGCUAGCCUGUCACAGAGUUUAAAUGAAGUUUUUAAGGUGAGGUAAAUUUGCACUUGCGCAGUUCGGAUAGCGACAGGUGGACAUGAAAAUGAAAAAUCAAUUGCCCGUGUGGUUUCUCCUUUGAAUUGUGUCACGAAAUGUGCAACUCAAAUAAGAAAAUGAAAAUGCAGUUUGUAUUAUUCAUUCUUAAUUUAAGUUCUGAGUCAAACAAAAAAACAACAACAAAACAAAAAACUGUAAAUGCAUUUAAAUGUUCAGAUUUGACAUUUUUAUAUUAGUUUUGGUUCAUAUUUGCCGGGGCAUAUUUAAAAAAAAAAAACAAAAAAAACUUAAAUCUCAAAUAGCUUUUUCUUUUACAUUUGAAUUUAGUUACAGAAUGAUCAGUUUUGAAAAAGAAAAAGCAAUUGCAGUUUGGAUUAUUUAUUAUUAAUCUUAUUUAAGUCAAGAAGUGCAGAGACAGUCUAGAAAUGCAAAAACACAUUUCUGUUUAUCUAUUUUUACUUGAAUUAUGAUACAAAUUUGCUUCCAUACCCGAUCAAUGAUUCACAUCAUCUGACAACAUUAGCUACAAGGUCUACUCUGAAUGAAAGUGUCUUUAUUGUUUUAAUGUUUCACAAAUGAACCACUAAAAUAAAUCAUCUGGUCUACCUUGGCAGACUCACUGCUGCUGAAUCUGGUGAGGAGGAAGGAACAUGAGAGGGGAUGGUCGAUGCCUGUGAGACAGGAGGAGGCGGAGUGGGUGACCCAGGAUGAGAGGGCAGGCCACAGACCCGAGUGGGUGACCCAAGAGGAGAGGGCAGGCCACAGACCCGAGUGGGUGACCCAAGAGGAGAGGGCAGGCCACAGACCCGAGUGGGUGACCCAAGAGGAGAGGGCAGGCCACAGACCCGAGUGGGUGAUCCAGGAGGUGGCGGCAGGCCACAGACCCGAGUGGGUGACCCAGGAGGAGAGGGCAGGCCACAAACCUGAACCGGUGAUCCAGGAGGAGGGGGAAGGCCACAAACCCGAACCGGUGAUCCAGGAGGAGGGGGAAGGCCACAAACCCGAACCAGUGAUCCAGGAGGAGGGGGAAGGCCACAGACCCGAGCAGACAUGGGGAUGUGUCCUGAUGCCUCAGCUGAAGCAGGAGAGGGAGGAGGAAGACGAGAAGGGAUGGCUGGUGCCAGUGAGACAGGAGGAGGGGGCAGACCACAGACCCGAGCCGAUGACCCAGGAGGAGGGGGCAAGCCACAAACCUGAGCAGGAGGAGGACCGGCCCGUCCUGGAGAUCCAGCGAGCGGGAUUCACAAUGAUGGAGAGGGAGCUGGGGGCGAUAGAGGCUCGUCUUCAGUCCCUGGAGACACGUGUUCAGUCUCUGGAGGGGGUCAUACAGGCCGGCCUGCUCCCCUUGGCAUCUGUUGCUGCUACUCUGGAGAGACUAGCGAAUGUAGCUGACAGGCUGGUGCCCGCUCCAGACCCAUCCACCACCCCCGCCCGUCCCAGGUGGCCGUUAAGGCCAAGCACGAGAGGGGGGCGGCGAGCCACGCAAGCUAGAAGAGGAAAAGGAAGGAGGGAGAAGAGAAACUAA